GCCCGGGGGCGGCCCGGCGGGCGCCCGCCAGAGCCAGCGGUCUCCCCUGAGCUCCCAAACGUCGGCUGCAGAGAUGGAGCGAGAGCGGCUCAGCGGGAGUAAAGAGCUGAGUGCGGCCACUGCCUACCGCUGCUCCGCCUGCGAUGGGGCCGAGGACUGGGCUCUGGGCCACCCUGUGCGCGGCCGGCCCAAGUGCCGCAGUCUGUCGGCCUCGCCCGCCCUUGCUGGCACCAAGGAGUUCAGGAGGACCCGGUCGCUGCACGGGCCCAGCCCAGUGACCACGUUUGGACCAAAGGCCUGUGUGCUGCAGAACCCCCAGGCCAUCAUGCAUAUCCAGGACCCUGCGAGCCAGCGGCUGGCCUGGAACAAGCCCCCGAAGAGCGUGCUGGUGGUGAAGAAGCUCCAUGACUCCAGCCUGCUGCAGCCCUUCAAGGAGCUGUGUGCCUACCUGACGGAGGAGAACGACAUGAUCGUGUAUGUAGAGAAGAAAGUGCUCGAGGACCCCGCCAUCGUCAGCGACGACCACUUUGGGCCAGUGAAGAAGAAGUUCUGCACCUUCCGAGAAGAUUACGACGACAUUUCCAACCAGAUUGACCUCAUCAUCUGCCUGGGCGGCGAUGGCACCCUGCUCUACGCCUCCUCCCUCUUCCAGGGCAGUGUGCCCCCCGUCAUGGCCUUCCACCUGGGCUCCCUGGGCUUCCUGACGCCCUUCAGCUUCGAUGACUUCCAGCCACAGGUCAUGCAGGUCAUCCAGGGGAAUGCUGCAGUGGUUCUGCGGAGCCGCCUGAAGGUCCGUGUGGUGAAAGAGCUCAGGGCAAAGCCCGCAGCCGUCUCCAAUGGGCUGGGCGAGCACCUUGGUGAUCACAGGGCGCUGGCGGCCACCCUGGAUGUGGAGCUGGGCAAGCAGGUGAUGCAGUACCAGGUGCUGAACGAGGUGGUGAUCGACAGGGGCCCCUCCUCCUAUCUGUCCAAUGUGGACGUCUACCUGGAUGGGCACCUCAUCACCACAGUACAGGGCGACGGUGUGAUCGUGUCUACGCCCACGGGUAGCACGGCUUACGCGGCGGCUGCCGGUGCCUCCAUGAUUCACCCCAACGUGCCAGCCAUCAUGAUCACUCCCAUCUGCCCGCACUCGCUAUCCUUCCGGCCCAUCGUGGUCCCUGCCGGUGUGGAGCUUAAGAUCAUGUUGUCCCCAGAAGCAAGGAACACUGCUUGGGUGUCCUUUGACGGACGGAAGCGACAGGAGAUACGCCAUGGAGACAGCAUCAGCAUCACCACGUCUUGCUACCCACUGCCCUCCAUCUGCGUGCGGGACCCUGUGAGCGACUGGUUCGAGAGCCUGGCCCAGUGUCUGCACUGGAACGUGCGCAAGAAGCAGUCGCAGUUCGAGGAGGAGGAGGAGGAAGAGGCCUAGCUGGAGGCUGCCCAUCUCCACAGCGGCUCCUUAGCACUUGAGAUCUGACUUUCUGCGUUUCUAAGUGAGGGGUCAGGCCAGCAGGAGCUGCAGCUUCUGUGCCCCCCACCCCCCCAGAGUCUUUUCUUUGAAUCAGUCUAUUGAAUCUGAGGGCUCGGGCUGUCUGUGGUGGGAGAAUAAACUCAGCCUCAAUUCCUACCACUACGAUGAUACCCCAAACCUGCACCCCCCUCGUGCCACUCGAGGGGUGCUGAAGGACUUGACACCAGAGCGAUCUGAGGUGGACAGGUCCGGGGCUAUGGCUGCCGCCUGCUUGCCCCAAGGGCUCCUGGGAAAGGCAAUGUGCUGAAGGCUGGUUGGUCAGUGAUGCUCUUCUCCGGGUGCUAGGUAUUUGGGGCUCCCUUCGUCCCACGGAGCACACGUCUGCACAUGUGUCCUGGGGCCUAGCAGAGACCACAUUUCCAGAGCUGCUGUGGGCCCCGCCGGGCGGGUUUACCCACCAGUGACCCUGGGUCUGCAGGCAGGGUGCCCCAGGAGGGCCCUUGUCUUCGCCCGAUUCGGGUGGACAGGUCAGGGGUCAGCAGAGCCAGCCCCACUCCAAGCGUGCCGACCACUGCCUGCACCUCGCCCAGAAAGUGCGCAGGCCCCCAGUGCGUCCACGGCCCAGCACUCUGUGCCCACACUGUCAAUAUCUCGAAAGUUUGUUCGAUGUUGAAAAGCUUUAUCACUAUUUUCUGAUUCUUUCAAUAAACAGACUUGUUUAAAA